CGGUAGUGGCGCUCGGCGCAGGCGCUCGACUAGACUGGCGGGUAUACGGUAUCAACGGCGGAGACUCGACUGUUCCGCCGGCGCUGCGCGCAUCAGUUUCGCCGAGUCCGCGGUGCGCGCACGGUGUGCCCGUCGUCGUCGUAGUCGUCGUCGUCGUUGAGAACACGUCGCUCGUCGCGCCUCGAGUUAACUCUCCUCUCGCGGGCCAGUGCACUGCUCGUAGCGCCGCGCGGUAUCGCGUCCUCGUCGUCGUCGGGGAGGCGGCUGCACGUGCUCGCGAACACUACAUACACACACUGACGCGUGCGUAUGAUGGCUGAUACUCGGAACUGACAGCCAGAAGCCGAAAAGAAAAUGCGCGACGAGGAGUUUAGCGGAUCAUCCACGCGGCUCGAGUGUAGCAGCAUCAGCUGAAGUGUGCAGUUCGUCUUGGUGUCGCUGUCGCUCCUACGCACGCAAGCAGGCAGUUGUUGUUGUUGUUGUUGUUGUUGUUGCCGCCGUCGUAUAACUCGAGGCGAGCUCGUCCGUUUCGCGGCUGAUAUCGAGGAGCAGGAGGCAUGGCCGAGUGGUGCGCGAGAAGAGCCUCGGCCAUGGUGCGACGGGGCAGGAGGAGACUGGAACAACGAGCCGAACUUCUCGGGAUACUCGGCCUGCUGCUCGUCGGGGCGCAGCUCGUCUUACUGCCGACCGGUGUACAAGGAAGCGGCGAGGCGUGGCUGAAGAGCGAGAAGCACGGCGAGUUCGGCACGGAAAUCCAGCUGCCCUGUAUACUCAAGCUGCCCCAGUGCAUCGGUCUGCACAGCAUCAAGUGGUACCAAGGCAACGACAGGAUCUUCGUCUACAGCGCCGAGGGAGAGAUGACUCUGGCCAACGAUCUCGUCGCAUCCAGGAUGAGUAUGAUAGUGCCGAAAAACAACAUGACCAAGUCCUAUCUGAAGAUCUCGAACCUGACUCUCGAGGACGAGGCCCUGUACAAGUGCGAAGUCACCUAUCUGGCUGUCAAUAGGGAGUGCAAUAACGUGCAACAUAUCACCCUCAACGUCACAGUUGCGCCGACUUCAGUGAGGGUCGUAGAUGAGAGUACGAAGCAAACGCUGGAAGACGGCCGAGUACUGGGCCCGGUAAUUGAGGGCUCACCGAUAGCAUUGAGAUGCGAGAGCGGCAAAGGCAGACCGGUACCGACAGUCGAGUGGUAUAAUGGCGAUGUGCGGCUCGAAUCUAAAAGUUCGGAGGAGCUUGAGGAGCAGAAAAUCGGCACGGGAAGCGGUACGCUCAAUCUCGUGGUCGCACGCAGCGAGCUUGGAGCCACCUUCACCUGCAAGGUUAGCAGUUUGGCCCUGCCGGAGCCGCUGAAAAUCGACAUCAAAUUGGACGUCCACGUGCGGCCGAUGAAAAUGGGCAUAUCCGGAGUGCACGGCCACGUCGUCCAGAACUCGAAGGUCCUGCUGCAGUGCGUGGUACAAGCAGCCCGGCCACCGGCCAACGUCACCUGGUACAACGGCACCGAGGUUCUCCUCAGCAACGACAGCCGCAUCGACAUGUACGAUAUCAAGUUCGACGACAACGACGACGGUACGACCCAGACGACCAGCUUUCUCGCCUUCACCGCCUCGGAAGACGACAAUGGCCGGGAGUUUAGCUGCGCAGCCGUGAAUUCGGUCAUGCUCAAGGAGGGCAGCAAGCCCAUGAAAGAGAACUUAAUCAUGGAAGUGAUGUAUCCCCCGAUCGUGCGAAUGAAUCCGAGCAACAUAACCGUCAACGAAACCGAGGACUUUCAAUUAUUCUGCGACUACGAAGCGAAUCCUGCCACUCUGACGAGCGUCGUAUGGCAACGAGAUGGUAAAAACUUGAUGCUGAACGAGGACCGUUACGAGGGCGGCACCGGCGAUCUCACAUCGCUGCUGGUUAAAAACGCCACCGCCGACGACAUCGGCAAAUACUCCUGCAUCCUGGAAAACGCCGUCGGCAACUCCAGCGCCAGUUCCCAAAACGUCUCUAUCGAUGUCUCCGUAUUGUUCCGUCCAACGGUGGAGGUAACGAUGGAGCCGGACAUGGCGAUCAACGAGGCAGCCCGCAUGAACGUCUCUCUAAGCUGCGACGUGGUCAGCGGCAAUCCAGGCUUCCUUCGCGCCGUUCGCUGGUACCUCGACGGCGACCUGCUCAAGGAGCUUCCCGACUGUUCCCGCAACGCCAGUGCCGAGGAAUUCUGCGACAUCGAUCCGAGCAAGUUACUACUCGAGUCCGUCGGACGCUCCUUCCACGGCAACUACUCGUGCGAGGGCCGCAACGAUGCUGGCUGGGGUCCAAUCUCCCCCAACACCCCCGUCGUUGUACACUAUAAGCCGGGACCCGCAUCGAUAUCGUACGAGCGGAGGCGAGUCGUAAAGAAGAUGCCGCUGAACAUUACUUGCACGGUCAAGGAUCCGGGCAGGCCAGCCGCCACGGGUUUCAAGUGGUUUCGCGGAUCCUACCGCCUCACGGAGGAGAACGAGGCGGUCUAUCGGGUGGAGAAGGCCCGGCUGGAGAAUCGGGCCAACAUCACCUGCCUCGCGUAUAACGAGGCUGGCGACGGCGACCCCGACACCACCUUCGUCGACAUCUCCACUCCGCCCGCCUUCAUAAAGAAGCUGCCUCAGCUGGUCGGCUUCGUGUACAACGCGACGAACGUCAGCCUGAACUGCCACGUCGAAUGCUCGCCCAUCUGCGACAUCGUCUGGAUGAAGAACAACAAGACGAUCGACUUCGUUCGCUCGAGGCAGUAUCAGCUGCAGAACGUCCAGGUCGCGCCCAAACUCAGCACCGACGACUUCGAGAGCGUCAAUUCGUCGCUGCUCUGGAAUCUGACUGCCUGGCCCGGGGGACAGCUCGAUCGCGUCGCGGAUAACGACGUAACUUUCACGUGCAUGAGCACGUCCAACGGUAUUGGCCCCGGCGUCGCCAGCACCGUCAAGAUCGAGGUCUACUUUCCGCCGGAAAGCCUGACCAUCUCGCCGAAGGUGGUGAACGUGGUGGUGGACAACAUACCGGCGCCGAUAGUGUGCAACGCGACAGCUCGGCCGGAUCCCCAGUACCGCUGGUAUCGCGAGGGAAAAAGCGAGAUAAUAUCCGAGGGGCCGGUCUUGCACUUCAAAACGCCUUUUCCCCGCGCCAGCCGCGGCACCUACGUCUGCCAGGCGAACAACAAGAUCGGCAGCGCCAACAUCUCUACCUACAUCAACGUCCAAUACAAGCCCGAGUGCCAAGUUGAUAAGGAGGUAAUGGACGGGAAGGAUUACGUCGUCUGCAGCGCCGACGGCAAUCCCGCGGAGUACGGCUUCAAAUGGUCGCUGAAAAGUGACAACGACACGAUCGAACAACUGCCGAUCAUAUUGAACGGCAAGAGCUACCUACUACUCGACGACUCCGUAUCUAAUCCGAGGACCUACGUCUGCGUCGCCAAUAACAGCAUCGGACAGUCCAACUCAUGCGAGCGCCACGUUCCUGCUCACCAAGGACUUGAUACAAGCAUCCCCUGGUGGCUGAGGCUCGACGGUGACCUACUAGUUAUUGUGAUUGCCGUGACGGUUAUCAUUAUACUCGUAAUCAUCGUGGUCUGCGUCAUCAUCUUCCUCAUGUGCAGGCGCAAGCACAGCAAGCUGAAAUAUCCCAGCCAGGUCGCAAAUAGCAACCACAUGGACAGCGUUUCGGAAGGCCUGUCCGAGCCGGAGACGAAGACCUUCUACGAGAACCUGCCCUUCCACGGUAUCCAGUCGCCGCCGAACAAGACCAACAGUAUCUACGACUACAAAGAGCACUACCAACAGCAGCAGCAGCAGCAGCAGCAGGAGAUGCAGCAGUACGGCUACCCGCUACCGAGCAACAGCUCGAGCCAACUAACACUGCCCCUGACGCGCAGCCUCUACCACUCGUCCUCGGUGGUCAGUCCUCUGCAGACCUCCUACGUCCACGCUAACAGUCGACUGUCCCUCAACACAGCGAGUCUCGCGACCUCGAAUCACCUGCAGCAGCAGCAGACGCUGCAGGAACACGCGACCGCCAACACCUUACCCUUUUCCCUCAUCCAGCAUCCAGGUGACGCCCCAGAUCUCACCUACGAUCGCUACCAGCAACAGCAGCAGCAACAACAGUCCCGAAGACACUCGAACUCGAGCUCGAGGAGCCGGAACGAGAGGCGGAAGUACCGCAACAAGCACGAUCGCAACGAGCGCAAACAGAAGCAGCAACGCCAGCAGCAACCACAGGCACUGAGCUCCUCCUGCGAGACCAGUUUCGAGCGGAUGCAGCAGGAGCUCGGCGUGCCCGAGAGCUACAAAAUCUCCUACCCGCACUACUACGAGGACACCCUCAACGACUGCCCGGCUGGCAAUUAUCCACGGGAUCGCGAGGCCAACGAGUACGACGUCGCCCUCUCGGAUAGCCAGUACGCCGAGCAGCAGCAGCAGCAGCAGCAACACAGUUUGACGAAGAAUCGCAAGCCGAUCAAGAGCCGUUCAAGCCGGAGUUCUCCGAUCUGGACUACGCUGACGUAGACUACCGCUCGUACGGGCCCAUCAACUACAAGGCUGCCAGCAUCGCCCUGCUCCAGAACCGCAACAAACCCCCGCAGCAGGAGCGAAUGCCCCAGAUGUACGGCGUCUCCGACGACAGCGAGGAACUCCUCUGAGGACAUCGCGCUGCCCGUAACACUUUUAACCCCCUGAAGUGCCAUCUCGUAAAGUAGUGUCUGCGUAUGUGUGCGCGUGCGAGAGUCUAUAUAUACAUGUGCAGCGAAUCCGUCGAUACGUAUACAGAUAUAUACGCUACUGCUGAGAGUCGAAGAGAGAAAGAAAGUGAGAGAAAGAGAGAGGGUUGCCUGAUGGAGUACACGACGAUUAUUAUGUACACAUAUAUAUUACAUUUUUUACCACGUUAUAUAAAUGAACGAUGGAAGGGCGUGUCGUAGAGGCACGCGUUAUCGGGGCGACUGGAUUCGACGCGUUCGUUUGAUAUGUGCGCAUUUUUUGGAUGAGUUAUCGUAAAUAGCUACGCCGCUGCGUCGCCGGGAUGAGCGGAGCUUUAUCGUACUUUUUUACCCGUUGAAAUCGCCUAAUUUCGCUCGAUGAAAAGCUUUGAAUAAAGGCCCAGAUGAAACAUAUUCACAUCCCCGCCACGACGAACUGCGCGUUAUCCCGGCGACUCCGCAUCGUCGACAUAUUCUAAAGUUACACACACACACACAAACUGUCCGCCGCGCAUGUUCUUGUCCCCGGCGCGCUUUUGUACAGGAAUUUACCUCGAUAAAAAUAAACGAGAUUACAAAGAGAGCCCCGUGAAAUAGGAAGGAAGAAUCGGCCUCCUUGCUCUCCGGGUAUUUGUCACGGAUUUAUCGCGGCUCUCGCCAGAGAUCCAUCCAUUAAUCACUCGCGGAGGCCUGCGCAAUCGAGCGAUCCUUAUCGCCCCCCUCCACGCCACCGCGACUCGUGCUCUCGAGUUUUCUUUUACAACGCGGUUAUUAAGGAAACGCCUAUAUAUAGGUACUACGCCACUCGAGAGUUGUCAUAUGCGCGUACGUCGUUACUUUGUCGUCGGCGGCUUUUUUUCUUCUCCUACUAUAACUAUAAUGAUAUAUAAUACUCGUACGCCCUCGUGCCAUCGCUUUCAUUAAGUGUGUCGUGUUUCACUGUGUGACAUCAACGGCCUAUAAAAUACGGCCUGCGUAGAGUUAUUACGGAAGAACUGCAACUGCCCUAUAAUGAUAUUUCACAAUACUCAAAAGUACAAAAUGUUCGAUAUCGUUGUUGUCGUGUCAAUGCCAAGUAGACGUCACCGAAAUGAGAUUAAAAAUAUAAAAAAAAAAAAAAAAAAAAACAAUUCGGAGAAAAAAAUACGAACAGCACAGCAAAGUAACGACAUGUGCACGCGUGUCAUUGGAAUUCGCGUCGUGUGUCCCCCUGUUUUCGUUACUCGUUAUCGCGGACGACGCUCGAAUUGUGCUCUGUAACUAUAUCUGUAACUAAUGCUAAUUGUAACUCUUAAGCCGACUACUAAGGCCUGUACAGUGGAUACCAAAACGACGCGUUGCGCACUACUAUAUUAUAUAGCGGUAUGUAUAUUGAAUAUAAAGAAAAAAAAGUCAAGCGCCAGUAAAUAUUGUACACAAAGCGUGUCUCGAAGAAGCGAGUUUCGGAUUGACAGUAUAUCCAUAUAUAUAAAUAUACUUUCGUUGUCUAGAGGAGCGUCGGCAGACACGGAGCUAUUAUUGUUCGAUUUCGUUUAAUCGGUCUCGCGCACGUUUCAAAGAGAUUAAAACGCGAGAGGAUUACUCUUAGUGGCGGCUCGUAGACGAAGUUUUACGCAGGUCUCAGCGAUCCCGAGGAUAGACGUAAAACAAGGCUCAAGGCGAAUGUCCUGCUUGCUGUAUAUUGGCCGGCAAUAUCACGUAAAACGUUAAAAGCGCGAUAGUGGGGUGUAUAUCAUUUUUAGGGUACUUAGGAAAAGAUGUUAACUGUUUUAGGAUGUAAAUUUUUCAAACGUUAUUGUAGACCGUAAUUCGUUAUGCGUAUUCAUAUACGAGUAGUAUACUAUAUUAUUAUCGUCAUUCGAAAUUUAUAUUUUUUACCAAAGCCAAAUUAUACUCGUUCGGAUUUAUAUGAUAUACUCGUAUGCACGUUUUCAAAUUGAAGCACACGUUAUACAUCCAAAGAUUGCGUUAGUUGUUUAAUUUUUAAUUAGAGUAGGAUGUUGAGAGAUUAUUUCCCACCGUAUUAGCCUUAAAAAAGUAAAGAAAAAAAGUAAUAUGUUAAUGAGGCGCUCACCUCGAAAAGAGCACUUUAGGUACGUCGUAUAAAACUCGCGAUCUUCCGUCCGAUUGAAAAAACGUCUAAAAGCACGAGCAGAACGUAUAUCUCUCCCUUCUCGUCAGUCGCACAGUGUCAUGGGAGUGAAAGCUCAAUGUUAUCUCGACACAUUCAAAGGCUCGUCUGCGGUUACUUUGCCUCGCUUUUUUCAAAGUAUCCGAAUCAUUUGCAUACAAGGUUCGAUUGUUAAAAAAACGCUUUAAACACCAUGACCUCGACAACGGCGGCUAAAUAUUUAACGAGAAAGACAAGACAGACGAGAUAAGAAAGGAAUUCGCCUUGAGAGCGAUGCGACGUCGCAUCGUUGUUGAACAUCCAAUUAUUACCGGUUACAAACAGGGUAAAAUAAAAAAAGAGAGGAGAAAUUACGAGUUAAAAUGGAAAUGAGAAGAAAAGUUCGCGAAUCGUCAUUAUUCCUUUUUCUUCCUCCUUCUUUUUUCGCAAAAUAACGUGCAAGGAUUAACGUCGCGGCGGGGAGCGCGCGUCUCGAGUGUCCUCGAGUCCGUUAGCGCAGCGGCUUGAUUCGCCGCUAGCUCGGGGUAGCUUUUUUUUUAAAUACGGCCCUUUUUUAUUUCUCCUCCCUCGUAGCCUCCUCAUAAACCAGAAGAGGGAGAGGUUCUCGAGUAUCGCGCGCCAGCCCGCCCGCGGAUUAUUAAAGUAAAUGUUAAAUAUAACGCGCGCGCGGAAACGAUUGCUAUUACCCUCGUUUUUAUUUUCAAUCGAGACGCGAUAAUUAUGUAUAAAGGAAAAAAAUGUAUAUUUUCUUCUUCGUUAUGACGUAUAAAUAUAUAUGUAUAAAAAGUACACACACACACGCCAACAUUAACAGACACACACGUACCGCCUGUAUACUCAUUGAGGAUGUAUAUUCCGGGACGAUUCGAGCGAUAAUCGCGCCUAUAUAUACGUAUAUACAUAUAUCAUUUCCUAGUUAACGUUCAGCGUUGUAAAGUACGAACUUGUUGAUAAGGGCGCAGCGCGACGCGGAGAAUAAAAAAUUAAUUAAAACUGCUGAAGUGGCUGCAGCAGCAGCAGCAGCGAGUGCGAGAUUGUGCAGUACACGCGCGCGUUCGAAUGCACACGCCUCUUGUCUGUGAAUGUGUGUGUGUGUGUGUGUGUGUGUGUGUGCGCGCGCGCGUGGCUGGAGAGAAAGAGAGCGAAAAUUAUAUGCAGCGAAUAUCGGUGUGAAUGUGUGUGUGUUAGUGUGUAUGAAAGUCGAGCGAGGGCAGGAAAACGCCGUCAUCCCGGCGUUAAGAUUGCCGAGUUUAAACUGCGCGAAAAGCCGCAAUUAACCGCGACUAGUUAACUUUAAUAACUCGAAAAGCUGAAGCGUCCGAUAAGUAUGCGCACCGCCGCCGGCUGCCAACUCUUGGAUACAUAGCGCAUAGCGCGCUCUGUAUAUAAUAUAGCGAAGAAGAACUGUCCGCGAGAGCCGCUGCGACCCGUAUACAUAUAUACUGUGUACACUUAUGUAUAAUAUAUUUUCUCUCUAGCGCCGAGUUAAAUUGAAAAUAGAAAAAAACUGCGUUGCGAUGGAACGACUAUUUUAUGCACAAAGAAGUCCGCUUCUAUAAUAUAUCCUGUGUUUUCCGAGCUUUGUAUACGACGAUGAUUUUUACUGCGUAAUUUUCUCAUCCGCGCGUUAUUUUACUUGUUUUUUUACUUUUUCUAUACGCGAAUCUUCCGUUUUUAAUUAUACAAAGUCACUCGCUGCAUGUGUAGUAUGUUAUAUUCGUUUGUUAUUCGCUUUUAAUUAUUACAGAGAAGAGCGAUCUACAUAUAUUAUAUUAGUGUUUUUAUUUUCGUUUGUUUGACGCUUGAUCCCUUUCAAAGCAGAUCUCUCGGUGCUCCGCUACAUCGUUUCGUUUCUAUUUCUCGUAUUAUACGAAAGAAUUUAUAUGAUAUGUACACAUCUUCGUCCACGCGCGAGCGAAAGAGGCAUGGAAGAAUGGUUGCGUACGAGAGAAUAAAGAAAGCGAGCGAGAGAGAGAGAGAGUUCAUCGUGACGGACGUGCCAAAGUGUUAUGAAUCAGGUGAAACAAAAGGAACGUUUACUUUGAACCGGCGAAUAGUGUGUCAUGUCAUUUACUAAAGUAUACAAGGAGAGAACGAGGAGAUAAAGAUGAUUAAAAAAAAUAAUAACCUGUACAUGCAAUUAAGAUGUAAUAUUUUAAUAAACAGAACUGAAAAUAAAUGUUAUGACUAGAAGGCGACAUUAUAUA